CAGUUAUUCUCUAACCUCCCCCCACGAUGUCCCUCGCGAAACUCACUUCAGUAUCUACGAAAACCCUGUCUCUACUACUCGAGCGACAACGACUCCAGACAUUACCCUCGUUCUCGUCACCUCAAGACCAGCCACCAAAAACCAACACGUUACAUCUUGCUCAGAUAAAGAGGAACCUCACCCAACUGCGAACGGGCAUACUUGACCUCGAGGCGAAAGAGGGGCCUUCGGAGGCGGUUGGUCUGCUACGAAAUCAGUAUGAUCGAAUGCGGGACAUGCUGGGAGAUGUCCAUGUUUCUAGCUUGGACAAAGAAGAGCCCACGUUAUCUUCGACCGUGGCAUCACCUUCACCCGUGUCUCCUCCCAACCUCUUUCCGCCACCUCCCGCUACGAGAGAAGUGAAAGAACCCAUAUACGCACCAUACGCGGAUGACCCCGAGCUCGGGCCUGACCCAGGCAUCAUGCUACAGACGCAACGACACCUGAUGAACGAACAAGACCAACAUUUGGACCAAUUAUCCCACUCUAUUAACAGGCAACAUCAUAUAUCUUUGCAGAUUAACGAUGAGCUGGAUGUUCAUCAUGGGCUUUUGGAGGAAUUGGACACGGACUUGGACCGGACGGCGAGCCGGUUAGGUGGUGCGCGACAGCGGUUAGAGCGGGUCGCGAAAGGCGCCAAAGAGAAUGGCUCGGCUGUUACCAUUGCGGUGCUCAUCCUCCUCCUUCUCAUACUCAUCAUCGUGUUCAAGACAUGAUAUGCCGGCCUCCGUUACGCCCGCCUUUUGGAUAUCCCUCACUAUACGACUCUCUGGAAUAUAUUUAUGUAAUUAUACAUCGUCUUGCUCUUCACUCGCAUCUAGCAUCUGUCAUACUCUGUUAAUAUUGCUAGCUAUUGAACAAUUGCAAUCCG